GAAGAUAUCAAACUUGGAGCUGAUAUUAUUUUAAAAUGCCAGAUUACUGGAAAUCCUCCACCAGCUAUUUUAUGGUACAAUAAUAAAUUUAGAUUAUUUAAUACUGAAAGAAUUAAGAUAUUAGAUGAAGGUAGUCGAUUAAAAGUUAUGAAUAUAUCAGCUACAGAUAAUGGGGUGUAUUCUUGUAGAGCUGAAAAUGUUGCUGGUGCAGUGGACAGUUCUAAUAACUUCUUACUUAAUGUUAAAGCUCCCAACUCUCCUCAUCUAAGAGAAAAUGAAUUCACUGCUCAUCAGUUGGUAUUAAAGGGAAAAUCUGCCAGAUUAGACUGUUCUUUUAAUGAUGCUGUAAGAAUUGACUGGUUUUCUAACUAUGAGAAGCUUUCUAACACUUCCAGCAAUGAAUGUACAUUAUUUUUCAUACAAUUUUCAUAUUUCAGACAUGUUGUAUACAGUAAUGGAUCAUUAUAUUUUCCUAAAGUACGAGCUAGUGAUGAAGGUAGCUAUAGAUGUGAAGGAUUGAGUGGUAAUGGUAAUCCCGCACAAACAUUUACUGCUGAACUUAUACUCUCUAAUAUAGAAGAUAUAAUGCCUGGUACAUUUGAACCCAGAUUAUUAGCCAAUAGUAGACUAGUUAUACCACUACAUGAACAGUUUGAAUUAAAGAUAUUCCCUCCAAAAGGAAAACCAAAGCCCAGUUUCAGAUGGAUUGACAGAAAUGAUUUGAAGAUAACAGAUACAGGUUUGAUCAGAACAGAAGGAAAUAAACUAAUUUUUGAGAAUCCACAAGAGAUUGAUUCAGGAAAUUAUACAUUGAUAGUCAACAACUCAGCUGGUGAAAGAAAGAAAAGUGUUUGGGUCAUAGUUUCAUUGCCAGCUACAAUCAGACGUCAUCCUAAAUAUCAAGAAGUUGAAGAAGGACAGAUGGCACAGUUUCGUUGUGAAGUAGAGGGUAGUCCCUUUCCUGUCACCAAUAUAUUUUGGAAGAAAGACAUGGAAUUUAUUAAUGCUGACUCUGAUAGACAUAGAAUAGACCCUGAUGCUGGUAUAUUGAGAAUAUUUAAUGUUCAGAUGUCAGAUGCUGGAAACUAUGCUUGUAUAGCCAAUACAACAGGUCAUCCUAUUGUCACCUCAAAUAGAGCCUAUCUUAAAUUUAUUUACAUAAUAUGCUCUCUUUUAGAAACCCUGAAAUUCAAUCCUCAACCAAACAGUACCUACUAUCUAGAACUUCAUACUCAGAAUAGAAUAGAUUGUGCUGCUGAAGCUCAAACACCACCAACAGUUCAUUGGAUUAAACAUGGUAACAAUAAAUUCCAGUUCCCAGAUCAUAUCCUAGAUGAUCAGGGUGUACUGUAUUUUAAUGAUGUUCUGGUAACAGAUGCUGGUUAUUAUAGUUGUGUAGCUACUACAAGUCAAGGGAUGAUCAAUGCUACUAUUUAUGUCAAAAUUGUUGAAAGUCCAAAGUUUGCCAUUCAUCCUGAAAAUACAACAGCUUAUGAAGGUCAACAAUCGUUUGUUCAUUGUGUUGCUAUCGGUGAUCCUAAACCUACCAUAAACUGGAACAAAGAUGGCCGACCAAUAUUGAAAGAUUCACCUAGAUACAAGCUUUUUCCAAAUGGUACCCUGUUGAUUAAGACAGUACAUAUGGAGGAUAAAGGAAAAUAUACAUGUUUUGCCAAUAACAGUGCAGGCUAUGUGAAAUCUUCUAUAUUUAUUUAUGUAACAAGUUAUACAGAAGUUGAAGAAGAAGGAUUCAAUAUGAUGAAGACUAUAAUAAUAGCUGUAUGUAGUGCUGGAGCUUAUCUAGCUCUAGUCAUUGGUUUAACUGUAUUCUGUAGUUACAGACUAAUCCAACAACGUCGAGUUACUAAAGGUCUCAAUGAAAGCUCUCGAUUUCCUAGUAAUGAUAGUGAUAAUCGUUCACAUAUAUCUGGUAUGAGUUCACAUCCAUCCCAUAGUUCACAAUCUCAACAAUCACGAACCAACAGACGUGGAAGUUUUGACAGGCUUCAUUUCCCCAGACAAGAUUUACAAACUCUAGGAAUGUUGGGUAAGGGCCAGUUUGGAGAUAUUUUUCUAGCCAAGGCUCGUGGUAUCACCAUGGUGGAACAAGAGACUCUAGUUGUGGUCAAAUCUUUAUUAAAUAAAGAGGAACAUGCUUUCUUUGAAUUCCGUCAAGAAAUGGAGAUGUAUUCUAAACUUGAUCAUCCAAAUAUAGUCAAAUUGUUAGGUGUCUGUCGUGAAAUGGAACCACAAUUCUUAAUUACUGAAUAUUGUGACUGGGGAGAUCUGAAACAGUUUUUGUUGGCUACCAGAGGAGAUAAUGGCCGCCGUAUCCCACGACUACCAGCUUUGUCACUUGCUCAGAAACUUAACAUGUGUAGUCAAGUUGCUUUGGGAAUGGAACAUCUUUCAAACCAACGCUUAGUCCAUAAAGAUUUGGCCACCAGAAACAUCUUACUGAGUUCCAGAAUGGAAUUAAAGAUUUGUAGCCUGGCCAUGUGUCAUGAUUUGUAUGCUGUGGAAUAUUUCAAAAUUGGCCAUUAUCCUGUCCCAAUAAGAUGGCUGCCUUCUGAGGCUGUUCAUGAUGAUGAAUACACCACAAAAACCGAUGUUUGGUCAUUUGGUGUGUUUGUUUGGGAAGUUUUUCAUCUGGCUGAAAUUCCAUAUCGACAACAGAGUGACGAGGAAGUGCUGAAAGGACUUAAGAGUGGAAUUUUGUCCUUAACUUACUCAGAACAAUGUCCAAGUAUUGUUACUGAUUUUAUAAGAAAGUGUAUGCUAGACUCUCCAAAAGAUCGGCCAUCUUUUAGUGAUAUUUGUGUGAUCAUGGGAGAUAUG